AUGGCUCUGCCCAAAUCAACACCCACAUUUACUGUGUUCCGAGGUUUUCCCGAUAAGGGGUGCUAUGUGUGGUCUCCAUUCGUCACCAAGCUCGAAGCUCGCCUGCGCUUUGGAGAGAUCUCCUAUCGUACCGAGGCGGGGUCAGUUCCGAAGGCCCCGCGAGGAAAAGUCCCAUAUGUCUCCAUCGAGCGUUCAGAUGGCUCCUCUGAAUCUUUGGGUGACUCGACCCUAAUUUCAAAGGCCCUGAUUGAAUCUGGAGAUCUGGAGGAUCUCAACAGCAACCUCUCAGCGUCUCAAAAGUUGCAAGACAUGUCCAUCGGGGCUUUGCUGGAGGACAAACUGUACUUCUAUCAGUGCCAUGAGAGAUGGGUAUUGAACUACUACGCGAUGCGAUCCAAAAUCCUUGCUGCUCUACCCUGGCCUAUCCAGGUCAUUGUAGGGAACAUUGUAUACAACAAAAACGUACGGACCAUGGAAGGUCAAGGAACCCUGAAGUUCAGCACGGCUGAGAUUGCGAGCUUCCGCCAUGAGAUCUGGGACACGCUGAACAAUUAUGUGAAAGCGACUGCUCAUGCGGAGGAUCAAGACGGCCCUUUCUGGAUCCUGGGUGGCGAUGGUCCGACCGAUGCAGAUGCCGUGCUGUUUGGCUUCAUUGCGUCUAGCCUCGUCUGCAUUGCUGCACCGGACACCAUGUCGAAAGUCAAGAGCUGCCCGGCUCUUGUGGAUUACGCACGAAGAAUCCACGACAAAUAUUUCCCAGACUACGAAAUUUGGAAGUAA